CCGGUUACCUCAGCCAUCGCGUAAGAGUCGCGAGCAGAGCUUUUCGAAAAGGCAAGCCGCCGCGCCGCGACCGGUGCAGCAGGAGUGGCUUGCAGGUUUCGUUGGUGGGAGAUGCUCGACGGUUUACAGACGGAAACAGAAAUAGAAAAGUAGAGGGCGCAAGACAGAGAGACGGGGCUGACAGACAGACGGAAAGAUCCGGAGAGAGCGUGGAUCGAGUGAGAUAGGUGGGAUAGAUGGCGGGGUGAAACGGAGAGGGCGAAUAGGGUGCACGUCUCGGCUCGGAUAACAGGAGCAGAGACGGGGGGGUAAAUCGGAGGAGAAAGGGAGACGGUGAGAGUUUGAUAGCGAGGCGUAAGAGAAGAUAGGUGGUCCGCGUUAAACGAGGAGGGAACAAACGCGGAAAGGACGAAAGUUAGAGUGAGACCGCGUAAGGGUGAGAGCGCAGGGGGCAGAGAAUAGGGUAGAGAGAGGGCGGUAAAGCGGCGGAAGGGUAAAGAGCGGAGGGAUGGAGACCGAGAGAGCGUGAGAGGCUAGCGAUUGUGCUACAGUCGCACCGCGACACCCCACGAGUGAAACCGCGCGCGUGCCAAUCUGCUACCGUACUCCCGUGCUCCCGUGCUCCUGUGCUCCACUAGCCGUACACACCGGAAAGGACCUGCGAACAGUGCUAUGCUUUUAAGGCCGCGGCCAAAGCUUUUCCUCGUUUUUCUCAUUCUCCUCGUUUUCCUCGACGUCGACGAGUCGACCAGUCGAACGUCUUCGUGGAAAAGGAGCAGCUUUUAAUCGGGUGAACGAUGAGGUCCUCGAUAUAAAUACCGCUGGAAGAAGGGUGCCUCAUGUUACAACACGAUCGCUAACUAGUGUCCCAAAGUAUUAGAGCGAAAGUGGUUGAUUCUCAUGGCAGCGCGGAAACUCGCAGCCCUCUUCACCUGGGUUCUGCAGCUUUGCUUAUGUCAAAUAACUCCAGAACCACUGCCAGAAUUUUUAGCUCCUUUGGAGAAUCACACAGUGAUUCAGGGUCGCGACGUUUUCUUCACCUGUGUCGUUAAUCAUUUACAAUCAUACAAGGUGGCUUGGAUAAAAUCAGACUCCCGAGCAAUCUUGGCGAUACAUACUCAUCUAGUAGCGCACAAUCCACGGCUUUCCGUCACGCAUAAUGGACACAACACUUGGAAAUUGCACGUGUCAAACGUUCAAAAGAACGACUCAGGCGCUUAUAUGUGCCAAGUGAACACUGAACCUAUGCGUAGUCAGAACGGAUACAUGGAAGUAGUGAUACCACCGGAUAUCAUGGACGACGAAUCCGCGGAGGGUAUGGUAACCCACGAAGGUGGUAACGUGAGAUUAAGAUGCGUCGCGACGGGUUCGCCGACACCUACCGUCACGUGGAAACGAGAAGAUGGCCGAAAUAUCAUCCUUAGAGAAGAUGGACAAAAACGAUCGGUAAAAACUUAUGUGGGUGAAACUCUAGAACUGUCCGGAAUCCUACGACAAGAAAUGGGUGUAUAUCUCUGCAUAGCUAGCAACAAUGUUCCUCCAAGUGUCAUCAAACGUUAUUCCGUCGACGUUCAUUUUCAACCGGUUAUAAAAGUAACAAAUACACUGUUAGCAGCACCUAUCGGCAGUAACGUUGUUCUUCAAUGUCACGUUGAAGCGUCUCCGCAUGCAAUGAAUACGUGGUACAGAAACACAGGCGAGAAAUUGUUAACCAGUGAAAAAUAUAUAAUGACGGAGCACGCAUUGAACGGUUACUCGUUGCAAAUGAACCUUACUGUGAAUUCCCUGGAGAAAAGGGACCUCGGAGAAUACGUUUGCUCAUCUGUAAACGCUCUUGGAAAAGCAGACGGUGUUGUACGUUUACAAGAACUUCAUCUUGCGGAGAAAACCACUCCUACCAGUUUUGUAAAAACUAUCGACAUGAAACCUCGGAAAAAACCCGUAUCAAAGGGAAAGAAGAAAAACAACAACGGCAACAGAAGAAUACACGGAGGUGGUUUCGAUGAAUUUGAUUCUUUGGGAAACGACGAUUUAAGUACUACACAAAUUAUGACUGGUAGUACUUUUCAAGAAGGUCACGGAACGGAGAGACCUCUGGUUCUGCCAUCAUUGUCCCCGCCUUGGGUAAUAAUGAACACCGCUAAUUCAAAACAUCACUCAACAUCGAUCACGAUACUUCUCUUCCACUUUUUCUCAACCAUAAUAUUUAUUCUCUAAAUCGUACCUAUGAUGGCCAAGGUAGUUCAACAACGAAAAGGAUAAGAAUAAAUAUCAAAGAUAAGAGUUAUCGAACGAGGUACAGAAUGAGAAAAUACUUUAGUACCUAACAAAAAAUUCAACAAGAAAUAGGUUUUUCCAGUUGGUACAAUUUGAACUUGUACGUUUCAAAUAGGUCUUCCUUUCCUUCUACUUAAAAAGAACUUUGUAUUUAAAUUGAAUAAGAUACAGUUAUUGCAACGCGACCAAUAUGAAAAUGUUUCUCUUAAUGAAAUGUUGUAAAUAUGUGAAUGAUGUGAAGAAAUUAUUACCGAGACGGAGACUAUCUUUAAAAAUUUAAACGAACCGAACAAUUUCCCGAACAUUCGGAAAAACAAAAAAAUAAAAAUAACGUUUUCGUAUCAUAGCAACUUAUACGAAAAAAAAAAAAAGAAAAAAAUAACGGACUUUCAAAGAAAUUCUCGUUAUACUUAUAUAUAACAGAUAUUCAUAUUUUUGUCGUUUAAAAACAAUUUACGCAGUUUUGUAAAGCAACGUUCAACGUGCAAAAUUAUUUGUCAAAGUAGUAACGCAACUGUGUCGAAUACCUCUCCGAAAACACGAGGGGCUAUAAUAACUUCAUGAGCCAGCUAGUACUGAAAUUUUUUCAUUACAACAAAGAGAUGUGAAAGUAGUUUCACGAUGGAAAACUGCCAAAGGAAAAUUUUUCAAUUUAAAUCAAUCGGCAAUUCAAGGUCACGAAAAUCGAUGAGGAGGGCAAACUUCUAAAUAAUUACCAAUCAAUCGUGUCAGAGAAUGUUAAAAGAUGAGUUGCAAUACACAGAUGUCGGGAUUAAUGUAAAUUUAUAUUAUAACUUACGAUUAAUAAAUUAAUAACAAUGCAUGAAUGCUGCAUGGUAUGGAAUAAGAAGUUUCAAAACUUUCGUAUUAUCCCACAACGUAAUAGAAACCAAAAGUACAAUGAAGUAACAAUAUGCAUAUAUAGUAACCGAUAAACAUAAUUAAGAUGUGUAAUGGACCCAUUUACUUGCAUCGGUACAAUAUAAUUGUACAUCGACUUUUAUCACUAGUUAAAUGAGCACGUAUAAUAUUUCAUAAAUCUCAAUCAUAUUUUAAAGUAGGUUUUUUCAAAAAGAGAAUUGUUCUAAUUAUUCUAAUAUGGAAAAUCAUUUCAUCUGAUAUGAUAUUAUAUAUAUUUUUUUAUUUAUCGUUUAUAUGAUAAAUUCCGUUUAGACAUAAAAUAUAUCGUUACUUAUUGUAAAAUUUUGUCUAACGAAAUUCUUUGUAAUUCUAUACGACGAAUAAGAAUUUAUACUAUUUUUAGAUCCAUUGAUAUUACCUACUUUUACAUCUCUUGUGUUUUUAUGUGCAAUAUAACAUAAAUUUUAUUAAUUAUUAAUCUAUCAGCAAAAACGACAUAUUCUUGGUCAUUAUGUCUCACAUUAUUAUUCAACAGGCAAGAAUAGCUUCUACUUCCUUAAUAAAAUUUAUUUAAAAAUCUUUGGUGUGAAAGAAUAAAAAGGCCCAAACAAAUAAUUUAGAAAGUAAAUAGUAUUUUUUCCGCUUCUUUUUUUAUGAAGGAAUAAUUUAAUUAGGAUGUUUUGAUAAUUGUGUACGUGCUGAACACCAAUUACAAAUUUGACUCCAUCGAGAAAACGAAUGACAAUAAGUAUAAUAUAAUAAAAUCUUGUUCGGUUGACAUCUUAGAAAAUCUUGCGAGCAAUGAUGCUCAUUAAUAGUUAACACAUUAUAUUUAAGGAACUUUACACGACUCUACUAUAUAUAUUUGUAGAUAAAAUUAAUCGACAUUCUUUUAUUUUCACUAAACUGGAUUUUCUCAAAAGCAAUACAAAAAACAUUCCUUUAAUUAAAUUGUUUUGUUCUUUUGUAUGCUUCACCGCUACUAAAAUAUUCUUAGAAAACUAUCGACUCAUUAAUAUCAACAAUUAUCUGAUCUAUACAUAUAAUUGGGAAAAUGAUUAACCUUUUUAUCAUGAUACUUUUUCAAAGCGUAGUAAUUAAACAGUGUAACGAGUACAUACAUUUACAAAAUGAUCCAUUAAUUUAGAUAGAGGUGUGAGGGUACCCGUGCCUUCGGGAACCCGCACAUUCCUACUGGAUAGAAACAAACAAUUAUUUUUAAAUUAUAUUCACGGAUUAACAUUAUAUGGAGAGUAAAUCUGUAUCAAAAAUAUCAAUGGGUCGAUAAAUAGAAGAUUUGUUAUUUCAGCUACUUCAAAGUUUUCAGUAAUAUUAAGUUGUGUAAUAUAUUCCCGUGUUUUUUGUAUUUUAUUUUUUUCCCGUUUUGUGUUUUGUUAGGUAAAGUAUAUAUAUGCAUUCGCAAGUUUUUUUCUUACUCUACAAACGUAUCUGCUUCAAUAUUUCGAAUUAAUUAAUUUUAAUUAAUUUUCAGGCUUUUGAAAUGGAAGUUCCAGGAGGGAAAAAAAUUUUCCGAGGAUAAAUUUUCCUAUAGCUCCGAGGACCGCUCAAGAUUGAUUUGCCAAGUUUAAAAAUGGCAAUUUUCGACCUUUCGAGACGAUCUUCGUCGAAGUUGCAAGGUCGGCCGGAGCAAGGUGCGUCGCCAAGGUCGAAAUUGCCAUUUUUGAACUUGGCAAACCAAUCUUGAGCAGUCCUCGGAGCUAUAGCAUAUACUCCAUACACAUCACAAAUGUCGCGAGUUGCUUCCGUAGCUUUUUGAAAGGCGAAAUAAAACUAAUGUCGAAAAUGAAUUUUUUUGCCUCUUGGAACUUCCAUUUCAAAAGCCUAAAUAUUGAUUAAAAUUAAUUAAUUCGAAAAAUUGAAGCAGAGACGUUUGUAGAUCAAGAAAAAGACUUGCGAAUGCAUAUAUAUAUACUUUACCUAACAAAACACAAAACGGGCAAAAAAUAAAUUACAAAAAACACGGGAAUUUAUUACAAAACCUAAUAAAUCAAACGACAUGUCGUAUUAUCUAAGUUCGAAAUAAACGAAACAGGUAAAUAUUCUUUUAUCGUUACAUUAUUAUGAUAAACACUUAGGUCGUGUCGGAUACUAUACCGUCAAAACUAAGGCGAAUUUAUCGAUGUUAAAAAAGAACGUGUAUACAUGCAACGAUACAUAUGAAUCAUAUAGGACCAUGUUUUAUGUAUGUACAUACGCUUGUGGAGAAAACGAUGCACUAUUAGCGUGCGACAUGUACAUAACGGAGAAGCGAAUGUUGGAAUUGUUCGUGGAGCGAUGAGAUUAAUAAAAGAAUGAUUAGUAAAUAAGUUGUAUGUAUAUGAUAUGAUAUGAUACAUAUAUAAAUAUACAUAGUAUGAUAGUAAUGUUAAACGAGACUACAUUUUGUAUAAUGUAACGUUAAAUGGUCUCGUAUCGCGACAUAUGGAAAUUGAAAAAAAAAAGAUAAGGAAAGAAUUAGUCACUUGUUAAAUAAUACUUAUCCAUUCAUAAAGAUAUAGUAUUAAAAAUCAAGUGAAUAUAAACUUGCUCGUUCGUUAGAUUCCUCACAACGAAAAUUUAAAUAGGUAUAAUUCUAUUCCUGUUGAACGAAAUAGAUCCCAAUUAUUUAUAAUUAAACCUACUAUCACUUUUAAUUGUAAAAAAAACAUCAUUUAAUAUUUUUUGACAUGGUAAAUCGAAGGUUUAUAAUAGGGCCCCCUGGAAAGUGGGGUCCGAUGCUAUAGCCUCCCUUAGACCUCCCCUUAAUCCAACGAUGAUUAUAGCUUUCUACAAUAAGUGUAAGUUAAAUACUCCGUAUAAUUGUAUAGUUAAAUUGACCCGUAUUUUAAGUGACUUUUUUUAUCCGUUGAUUGAUCGAUUUUUAUUCUCUACGUCGUGAAACCGGAAUGAUUCAAUUCAUAUUGUAUGUACAAACAGCAAUAACAAUAAUAUAUAACUGUGUAUGCGAAUUUUUCUUCGAUAAACGAUCGUUUAGCUUUUAUAAAUUACAGGUAUGAAUAACUUGUCAAAAUUAUAAAAGAAUAAAAUUAUAAAAACGACAGAUAACAUAUUAUACAAGUGAAAAAUGUGAACAUUAUGUAUAGAAUUAACUGCGAUAAAGAAUGAGCGUAUAUAUGUAUCAUACUAUUAACUUCAGACAAUAAAAUGUUAUUAUCGAUGUUA